UCUCCACGUCCGCCCUUUUCAGAUGAGGAAUUUAUUAAAAUUAUUUUCGUCAAAAUAUUAAUUUUGCAUGUUCUUAGUCUUUUCUUACCCAAUAUUUCAUUUUUUCUUCAAUUUAUCUCUCCCGACACCCGAAUGCGCUCCUGUUCAUUAACUGUAAUUGUUGCCAAAUUUUUUUUUUUUAAAUUUUUUUUUUACAAACUUUUCUGUUUCCAGCUCUGUUUUAUGUUUCAUAACAGUGAAAUUUUUAGAUCAUAGCGAUGUUUAUGACUCCGUGAUGGAAAAUGUUAUAAGUUUCUAGAAGAAAAGAUUAUUAUUUGAUCUUUUAAUUUUGCUUACAAUGUUACUUUAUUGGUAUGUAUUAUGCUUCCGAUCGAAUGGCAAAUAUUAAGCGCUUUGUUUGAAUCUUUUAAGUUGCCGAAUUUAGCAAACUUUUGUGUAUCUCAUUUUUGAAAGUCAUUUUCCUUCAAGCCAGUGUAAACAAAAGUACAGUUAUGUACUUCUUACUAUUAUUUAAUUUUUCGAAGAAUAUACAUUUAUGCUAUUCAUGCUUGCACAGUGUAAAGGAAUGCUGCUAAAAUAGUUAUCUUCUUUAAACCAGGUUUAUGAACAAGAAAUGUAUUCAGGGGCUUCAGUCAUUGUUCUUAUUUUUCUUGCAUCAUUUUCGAAUGCUAGUGUCAAUAGCCAUUCUAGCAAAACAGGACUGAAGUACUUCUAUAAAGACCAUUUAGAUCAAGGUGUCUGUUUGCAAGAAGCUCCCUGCAGGCCAAUUCAUAAUGCUACAUGCUUUGGGACAAUACUUCCUUAUUCAUUCACAUCACUUGCCUUGGCUGAAGAUUCCUUAUCACACUUUGAAGUGCAGGAUAAUCUUGCAUUAUGGCAAGGUUUACGAAGUGUUCCUCGCUGCUGGGCUGUUGUGCAACCUCUUCUGUGUGCUGUAUAUAUGCCAAAAUGUGAGAAUGGAUCCAUAUUUCUUCCCUCUCAAGAAAUGUGCAGAAUAACAAGAGGCCCUUGCAAGUCUGUGGAAGUGAAACAUUCUUGGCCUUCAUUUUUACGUUGUGAGAACAAGAAACUUUUCCCACCCCGUUGUAGGAAUCCUCUACAAGAAGUGAAAUUUAAUACAUCUUAUAAAUGUAUUCCACCAUUAGUAGAAACUGAUAAUAAAGAUAAUUGGUUUCAUGAAGUGGAAGGCUGUGGAAUUCAGUGCCAAAAUCCAUUUUUCACUGAGGAAGAGCAUGAUAACAAUCAUUUUCUAAUCAAAAUUUUUGCUGGAGCAUGUUUUGCUAUGGGACUUUUUGCUGUGGUGACAUCUUUAAUAAGAUGGAAGGCAGCCAAUCGAUAUCCAGGAGUAAUAAUAUUUUACAUUAAUAUAUGUGUGAUGGUUGCAUCAUUUGGAUGGUUAAUUCAGUUUUUUCCUGGAGCAAGAGAAAGAAUAGUGUGCCGUCAUGAUGGGACAAUGCAUCUUCAUCAACCUAGUUCUGGAGAACACUUGUGCAGCUUGACAUUUGUGUUAGUUUAUGCUGGUGUUGUGGCUGCAGUUGUAUGGUUUAUAAUCUUAACAUAUGCAUGGUAUUUGCUGGUGGUCCGUGCAUCUGGCUCUCCCAAAGAUAUCAUUAAGAAAAAACAUUCCAGUUUUCAUAGCGCUGCAUGGAGUCUUUCUAUUGCACUUACUGUUAUUAUCAUGGGCAUGAAGGGGGUAGAUGGGGAUUCUAUGAGUGGAAUUUGUUUUGUUGGUUAUGAUGAUGUGUAUUUGAGAAUGGGAUUUCUACUCAUCCCCCUUUUAGUUGCAGGCUUUAUUAGUUUAGGUUUCUUAGUAGCUGUGCUGCACAAAUUAAUAAAAGAGAAACUAAACAGUGAGGAAGUAGCAAACAUACAAGUGAAAAAGAAUAUUCAAUGCAUGACAGUUAGAAUCGCCCUGUUUACAGUGCUUGCUAUGGGAUUUAUAAUUACUACUUUGGGUUGUCAUUUGUAUGAUUUUCUGCAUCGAGAAGAAUGGCAGGAAAGCUUGAGGGAAUAUAUAGUGUGCUUAGCCAUGAAUUCUGCUCAGUCUUACUUGAACAUGGGAGAAAUGCCUGCAACCAAGUGUGUAUUAAAGAGUAAACCAAGUAUUUUUGUGAUACGUCUUCAUUUGGUUUCUAUGUUUGGAUUCGGUUUUAUGAUGUCUUCAUGGUUUUAUACUCGAAGGUCACUUGAAUCAUGGAAACGUUUCAUUUAUCGGUAA